AUGUCUGACGAGAACUUUGGAAGCUAUCAGAGUGAAAUCUACGGCAAAGGUGCCUUGAUGGGUAUCCUACCGAGCGUGACGACGGAUCCCCGAUUGUUGGAGGAGCAGGCGCGUAAGGCGCUUGGAGAGCGCUCGUUCAACUAUGUCGCUGGGGGUGCGGGUGAGAAAGCGACGAUGGAUAGCAAUCGGUUGGCAUUUCGCCAGUGGAAGUUAAUUCCACGGAUGCUGCGCAGUAUGGACGGCCAAGAUGUUUCGGUCGAGAUUUUCGGCCAAAAGUACGAUAGCCCGCUCAUCAUGGCGCCCGUCGGCGUCCAGGGCAUCUUCCACGAAGACAAGGAAACGGGUCUGGCACAGGUCUGCGAGGAGAUCGGCAUACCCUAUAUCAUGAGUACGGCUGCCACAAGCACCAUUGAAGAAGUGGCUGCGGCAAGCAAUGAGGGUAAGCGGUGGUAUCAGCUAUAUUGGCCCCAGGACAACGACAUCACCCUGUCGCUCCUGAAACGAGCCAAGGCGAGCGGAUUCUCGGUGCUGGUCGUCACGCUCGACACUUGGUCUUUGGCGUGGCGUCCAGCGGAUUUGGAUAAUGCCUACGUGCCUUUCCUCAAGGGGGUUGGAUGCCAGGUCGGAUUUAGUGAUCCUGUCUUCCGGGAGAAGUUCGAGAAAGAGGCUGGGUGCACGAUUGAAGAGGAUAUUGUGGGUGCGUCGCGCGCAUGGCUUGGUCAGGUUGCCGCCAGCGGCCCGCAUACUUGGGAAGAAUUGACAUUCUUGCGAAAACAUUGGGAUGGCCCGAUUGUCUUGAAGGGUAUCCAGCAUGUAGAGGAUGCGAGGAAGGCACUGGAGUAUGGGUGCAAUGGAAUUGUGGUCUCCAAUCAUGGCGGUCGUCAACUCGACGGUGCCAUCGGGUCUCUGGAUGUCCUUCCUGAGAUUGUCGAUGCAGUGGGCGAUCAAAUGACGGUGCUGUUCGACUCUGGCGUCCGAACUGGCGUGGACAUCAUCAAAGCGCUUGCCCUCGGCGCCAAGGCCGUGCUGGUCGGCCGACCAGUCAUUUAUGGCCUGGGCAUCGACGGGCGCAAUGGCGCAAAACAGGUGUUCAAGGCCCUGUUGGCAGAUCUGUGGCAGAGCAUGGGGCUAGCGGGGAUCCGCACGGUGGCCGAGUGCGACCGGAGUGUGAUUCGCAGGGUGCAGCAUGCGGGCGAUGUCAAAGCGAUGAUGUAG